AUGGCAGCGCCGCACCAGCGCAAGAUCGAGCUCCAGUCUCCAGCAGACUUCACCUACCUCUAUGCCAACACAGUCGCACUCUCGCGCCAGAAACUAGACCAGGCCCUACCCCCUUCCGCGAACAACGAUGAACCCGACCCGAUGCGCGAACGCGUAAAAGAAUUAGUCGACGAGUACAUAAAUCGGACCUUCACAACAGCCUCCGCCUCAAUUAGCAUCAACGGAAUCGACUCCUCAUCCCCCCAAUUCCCGUUCCCGGCCGCAUUUACCGCGCCAGAAACAGUCGAGUACGAAGCCUACGAUGCAGAGCUCGCCUCGCGCGUAACAUCCCUCUACGCCCAGCUCGAAUCACUCACUACAACCGUCGCCCAACUACGCCGUGGUGGGCCGCAGGCAGCGGCGAGGGAUUAUGCGGCGCAGUUGACACAACUGUUGAAAGAGGAAGACGAAGAAUUUGAAAAUUUGCUCAAGGAGAGCGAAACGAAAGUGCAGGUCGGGGCAGACGGCAUGGACGUGGAUACAAAGACUGGGUCCCGACAGAUGGAUCCUUCGUGGAAAUUGGAUGUACAGCUUGGGACCACCGAGGUGACGGAGCGGUGGCAGAGUGGGGAUAUGGCUGAUGUGUAUGAGGAUGCGUUGCGGACGUUGCAGCGGUUGCAAGGCGAAGGUGAAGAUAUUGUGGUUGGAGAGGGGAAUGCGCUGGCGACGACGGUUGGGAAGGCUGAGCGAGCUGGACGGGCAGCCGAGGUGGUUGAGGGUAUGUGA